ACGUCUCGGAGCAGGCGCUGGGCUAGAGGCGGGUCUCCACCAGCCACUCAGCAAGAGGCGGGUUUGCAAGAGGCGGCUUCGGCGGCGGCGGCCGACGAACCGAGUUGGAAUCUGACCUCCCGAACCGAAGCAGAGUGUGAAGAAAACUAAAAUCCAGUUUAUUGUAUUUCAAUACUAUGUCAUAACAGUCAGGUAAUUUUCCACUUGUUUGGCAAGAUGGAAAACUCAGAUUCCAACGAUAAAGGAAGUGGUGAUCGGUCUGCAGCACAGCGCAGAAGUCAGAUGGAUCGAUUGGAUCGGGAAGAAGCUUUCUACCAGUUUGUAAAUAACCUGAGUGAAGAAGAAUAUAGGCUUAUGAGAGAUAAUAAUUUGUUGGGCACCCCAGGUGAAAGUACUGAGGAAGAGUUGCUGAGACGACUACAGCAAAUUAAAGAGGGUCCACCACCACAAAGCCCAGAUGAAAAUAGAGGUGGAGAUUCCGCAGAUGACGUGUCUAAUGGUGACUCUAUAAUAGACUGGCUUAAUUCUGUCAGACAAACUGGAAACACAACAAGAAGUGGACAGAGAGGGAACCAGUCUUGGAGAGCAGUGAGCCGGACUAAUCCAAACAGUGGUGAUUUCAGAUUCAGCUUAGAAAUAAAUGUUAACCGUAAUAACGGGAGCCAAAAUUCAGAGAAUGAUAAUGAGCCAUCUGUAAGACGUUCUAGUGGAGAAAAUGUAGAAAACAACAGUCAAAGGCAGGUGGAGAAUCCGCGGUCGGAAUCCGCAUCUACAAGAUCAUCCAGAUCAGAACGAAAUUCAGCUGAAGCAGUAACAGAAGCUACACCUACCAGAGGUCUGAGGAGGGCCAGAAGCAGGAGUCCCGACCAUCGGAGAACCAGAGCCCGAGCUGAAAGAAGUAGGUCACCUCUGCAUCCAAUGAGUGAAAUUCCACGGAGGUCUCAUCAUAAUAUCUCAUCUCAGACUUUUGAGCAUCCUUUGGCAAAUGAGACUGAGGGAAGUUCUAGAACCAGGCACCAUGUAACAUUGAGACAGCAGAUCACUGGACCGGAGUUGCUAAGCAGAGGUCUAUUUGCAGCUUCUGGAACAAGAAAUGCCUCUCAAGGAGCAAGUUCUUCGGAUACAGCCAGCAAUGGUGAAGCCACAGGAUCAGGGCAAAGACCUCCAACCAUAGUCCUUGACCUUCAAGUGAGAAGAGUUCGUCCUGGAGAAUAUCGGCAAAGAGAUAGUAUAGCUAGUAGAACUCGGUCACGGUCUCAGACAUCAAACAACACUGUCACUUACGAAAGUGAACGAGGCGGUUUUAGGCGUACGUUUUCACGUUCUGAACGGGCAGGUGUGAGAACCUAUGUCAGUACCAUCAGAAUUCCCAUUCGUAGAAUCUUGAAUACUGGUUUAAGUGAGACUACUUCUGUUGCAAUUCAGACCAUGUUAAGACAGAUUAUGACAGGUUUUGGUGAGUUAAGCUACUUCAUGUACAGUGAUAGUGAUUCUGAACCUAGUGGCUCAGUCCCAAGUCGAAAUACGGAGAGGGCAGAGUCACGGAAUGGAAGAGGGAGUUCUGGUGGUAGUAGCAGUUCUGGUUCCAGUUCAAGUUCCAGUUCAAGCCCUAGUUCCAGUUCCAGUGGUGAAAGUUCAGAAAGUAGCUCGGAGGUCUUUGAAGGCAGUAAUGAAGGAAGUUCAUCAUCAGGCAACAGGCGAGAGGGUCGACAUAGAGCCCCGGUCACAUUUGAUGAAAGUGGCUCUUUGCCCUUCCUUAGCCUGGCUCAGUUUUUCCUCUUAAAUGAGGAUGAUGAUGACCAACCUAGAGGACUCACCAAAGAACAGAUCGACAACUUGGCAAUGAGAAGUUUUGGUGAAAAUGAUGCGUUAAAAACCUGUAGUGUUUGCAUUACAGAAUAUACAGAAGGCAACAAACUACGUAAACUACCUUGUUCCCAUGAGUACCAUGUGCACUGCAUCGAUCGCUGGUUGUCUGAGAAUUCUACCUGCCCUAUUUGUCGCAGAGCAGUUCUAGCUUCUGGUAACAGAGAAAGUGUUGUGUAAUUCAGAUCUGAACUCUAGUGAUGGGCAAGCAGGAAUCACUUGUUUUAUGUCCACUUUUUGAGUGGUGCUUAAAUGUUGAGUUACAACCUGAAUUGAAUCAUUGCUUUCUGAAGGAAUCAUUGUUCGUUUUCCAGUUUUCUGUUCCAGAACACAAGAAAGUACUUAAAAAACAACACUUUAGGACCUAACAAUCUGUUGUCAGUACCAGCUGAAUUGAUAGCAUCUGUACUGAUAAGGUUUCAUACCCCGUAAAAGAGAGGGGUGAAGGAACUUCCCGCUUCAGGCUAAAUGACAGUACAUGUUUCAUAAGUGAUUACUGAAAGCCGGACCAUUCCCAGUUACUGGUUGAUAAAAUUCAGUCACAUUCUGAGUAUUGUUUUUUCACCUCUCAGACUAGGUGAUACUGGACAUGUCAGUGUAAAUAACACUAAGGUUAGAGUCCUUUAAGUGUAUAAACUGUCUCCUUAAGCCCAUCACUGUGGCACACUGUAGAGUGAGCUUAUAGUUUGAGAUAUUUAUCUUGUGGAAAUAUUAAAAAGCCUAUGCUUGUGUAAGUGAAAAAAAAAUCACAUUCAUUUGUUUAAAAAAUGUAAAGCUAUUUUGUAGAGGCUCAGUACUUUUUCCAAUGCACUGUUGUAUUAAUGCAUAAAAAAAUUGUAAAGUACCAUGCUUAGAAAUGAGAGAACUGCUUUUUGUGAGCCGACAUAGUUUAAAACACACACACACACACACACACACACACACACACACACACACACACACAACAAAGUACAAAGCUGCUUUUGUAAGUGUGUAGGCGUCAAGAGCAGAACAUAUCUAUAAUAUUUAAUGUAUGUGAACAGCUACUGUGACAUGCCUAGAAUUAGGCAACACAGAGUCAAACUGCGUUAAAGACCAACGGGAAUUGUUUAUCUUGAAUUUAGGCAGGAAAUGACAGAUUGGAGUAAAGAAAACUGCUCUGAGGAAUUCAAAGUUUUCAUGAAGACAAUAAUACUGUAACUGCUGACCUGGCAUUCUACGGGAACAGAUGAGGCAGAGCAGCAGGACUCUGGUUUUAGAGAGACAAACCACUACAUCAAAUUAAAUUGGUGUUUCUGCAAGUCUGCUCCUCAGACGGUGGAGGAAAGAGACUACAAACCACUUUUUGCAUCAAUUGCAAUUGGUACAGAUGUGUGCACUCAUAGCAAGGUCUCGGAUUUGCAGUUUUCGAGAUUUUUGUCCUUUAAGGUACUAGUGCACACUUCCUAAUAUUUCAUUGCAGUCUGUGUAAUGCACAUUUGACGUCUCACAUGUAAUGACCAGGUCAAUUAUGGGAUUUUUGCCUUUCCUUGAAGAUGUAUCAUGUUGACUUAAUUGAAAUUCAAAGUUUAAUUGUGUCCAUAUUUGAAGAUGAGACAGUUCACUUGCUAUGGACAGGCACUUUAUGUUUUCUUAGUAGUAAGAGUAAAUAAUGUUAACCCCAGCAUUUUUUUGCCUAAUUUCCUUUCUUAAGGCUGGCUGGGGUUAGUCUGGAGCAGAUACUUGUUUCUCUGGGAAAAGCCAACAGGCCAGAAAAGGACUUGAACAUGUCCUUGGCCUUUAACAAAAUGAGCUAAUUACCCAGACUUGGAUCUUCAGAAAAUAAACAAGACUGCUUUAAUAGUUGUUAACCUGGCUACCUUCACUGUUAGCAACUUCACUGUAAAGAUUAUUUCAACAUUCAUUAUCAUGUUUUCUUCUCACUUUCAAUCCUACCUAAGUAUCAAGGAAAUUAACCUGUAAAUAUAGUAGUUGUUUACUAUAACAGAUAUGUACUGCUCUUGCAAGGAAAUAAUGUUGAAACAAAGCUUCACUUAUUUUUUUUAAUAUAAGCAGAUUUCACUGUUUAUGGCGCUUAUGUAAUACAUUUUAUCUUUUAAAAAAAAUUGUCCAUGCAAAAGUCAGGAUUCCUUUUAUAUUGUGAGCCUCCUUGUCUCCUUUCCUAAGGGUGUUAUCUAAGGUUUCAGAUCUGCAGGGUAGUCCCGAUUGGCUAAAAAAAAAAAAAUCCAUUUUCCUCUUGGUAUAAAAAUAUUCAUUUUGAAUAGUCUAAAAAACAUUUGCAGCACAUUCUAUGUAUAAAAGAAAGUUACCGAUAACAGGUACCUCCCUAACCUCCCAAAAUGUAUUACUCCUUUGUGAAGUAUUAAACUAAGAGGUAACUUGAGCAGAAUGCUGGUUCUGAAUGUAGAUAUUCAAGCUACUCAUAAACACUGGAAAUAGACUUUUUAAUGUGUUUAGCCUUCAGUAGAAUGCACAUUGAACAUGUGCGUGUGGACACCUUUUUCAAUAGCACUCAGUAAUUGCCGUUGGGUUGUACAGAAUGGACACAAACAUUUUAGUGAAAUUUGCUACUUAAUUUUUCCUUUUGCUAAGUCUAUGACUAAAACAUACUAGCGUUGUGGACAUUGGAGAUAAGGUCCUUUUGUAGGUGUCAGAUGUACAAUGGAGAACAAAAAAAUCUUUUUUCCCCACCAACAUCCAAACACCUAUUUUUGAAGGGAGCAUUUUCCUGCAGGAGACUUUACAUUUCAUUUUGUAUCUUUGCACUUUUACUUUAUUACAAAAAAGUCUGUCUCUGAGACCUAGUUUGAACUUCAUGCAGUAAAUAGGAACAAGAAAAAGCAAUGUUGAGACAUGACAUUGUUCAAAGCAUAGGGGAAAGUACCAAAACCUGAAUUUUCUUGGGUAUUUCAGAUAUCUUCUAAAACUCCACUUUUACUGGUCUGAAAUGUUUGUUUUGUUACUGAACUCCAAGCAGCUGGCAGGUUG